AUGGCCGCCGACGACAGCAACAAGGCCCAGACCAAGUGCGUCACUCCAGAUAUCAACAAGGAGUACGGCCACCCCGACGGCAACACUGGCAAUGAUGUACAAGUCAAGGACAAUGGUCAGGCGGGUGACAACGACGAGGGUGACGGCGACAGCGAUACCGAUGGCGAGCAAUCCGAUGACGUCGAGAUGGAGAAUCACAAUACCGACUCAUACCAAGCGUACAUCAAGAAGUCCAAGGAUCUCAAGAGCCAGAUGCGAAUGCAUUUCAGCAAAGGCAACAUGGCGCAGUUUGAUCGCGUCCAGCGGGAAUUCCGCGAACAUGACUUGCUUGGUGAAGUAGAGGCCGAAUUGCUUGAUCUGAACACUGCAGAAGCAUUGAUCGCUCUCAGCCGCAGCAGUACUGAUUAUCAACACGUUCAUCGCCGCCACGCUGCCCAGGUCCUACCUCAGCCGUCUGCCCAAGUUCUUCCUCGGCUGUCUGCCCAACCCUUCUACGCACACUUGUUCCCUUGGAACAACGCUGCCGGCGGCCGGUCAACUUCUGGACCGACCAGUAUCGCUGCGACACAUCAAGUGGAUUCUGCGGCCCAACACGGUUCGACCGCAUCAUCAGUCGCAGUACAACUUGUGGCUCCUGUCCGUCCGGCUCGUGUUCUUGCGGUUCCACAAGCCUCGCCGCCAACAACCCUCAAUCUCCUCCCCACUCUGCCUUUGGAGCCUUACGCCGACAACGAUGCCUUGGGAAAAAGCGGUGGCGGGAAGGGCUUAAAAGGCAAGAACGAGGCUCUCUAUCGCACCGCGCCACCCCCGAAUUUGGACUACAAAUUGCUCGCUUUCGAAAUCACUCUUCUGGAGAUGGCGGCGCUAUGGGCUAGAAAUCUUGACAAUGACCCUGACCUGGUCGCGAAGGUCGAAAACCUCCGCUGUACGAUGCAGCAACAGGGUGCGAAGCCUACCGAUGCCGAUCCUACCAGUGUCGAUAAAUCCGCUGCCUUCUGGGACCAUGAAAAGAAGUUCUUCACCAAGGCCUCACCGACUCUGGAGGCAGAUGUUUCUCUACUUCGUCUUAGCCACGGUGUUGUGCGCCACCCUCAAGGUCAACAUCGUGGUCGUCUCACCAUCGCCAUCGAACAUGCAACGUUGCAUGGUCAUCAGCACGUCAUGCUCAGCCAGGUGGAACAGUACAUUGAGGCUUGCCGUCUGAAUGUACCUGGACCUCUCGCUGCGGGUGCCGACUUGGCAGCUGCCAACGACUUCCUGGCCACGUGGGCGUUGCGGCAUCCACCUACAUAA